AUGGACGAUGAUCAAAGGUCAGUAUCUUAUGUUCCUAGCAUAGGAGACGAGGAGGAGUGGGUUGACUUGCAAGACGCUGAACAGACUGGUGACUUGAUUGGAGGUGACAUGUUUGAACAUCAUGACGGUGAAACUUUUGAGCAUUCUUUGGACUUUGGAAUUUCGAGCUUUGAACCUGGAAGAGCUUCAGAGCUUCAGCAAGAGUCCACAAUGCCGGUUGGCGUGGAGUUGCCAGUUGCCUCCUUAGAACCUGCUCCUCUGACAGGGAACUCAUGGAACUCAAUGCUGGCACAUGCAUUUGCUUCAAACAUGAAUGUUGCAGCAACCUUGCCAUUGCCAUGGGAGACUGGGACAAUGCGUGACAUUUUCAGUGACAGUGUUUUGCCAGCUUUUGCACCCACCAUUUUUGAUACCACCAACUUGUCUCAGCCUGACGUUGCAAGACAGUCGUUGCCCUCAGAUGUCCUGUUUGCAGACAACUGUGAUGCAGUGAGACCUGCAUACAUGAGUGCUGUGCGGAGUCUUAAAGAUCUAGACUUUGUGGAAGGUAAAAAAGCGCAGCUCACACUUGCAACCUCCAAGUGGCUUGAGAUACUUUCCAUUGAUUGGAGGUGUUCCAGUGUUGGUGAACAAGCGGCUUCUGAUAUGCAGGCUGAUCCAUCAGGUGACCUGGCAGAGCAAUCACUAAGGGCAGUCUUUGGAGUCAAAUCGCCAUCAACACUAUUGAAGCGUGCAGCGAGCUUACGACAGUAUGUUGUAUGGUUUCAGAAGGAAUGUUGUGCAAGUGACACAUAUGUGAGUCCAUUUCCUUUGACCGAGCAUGAUGUAUGGAGAUACUUCCUGCACCUCAGGGAGGUACGCAAGGAGUCGAAGAAAGGUUUCACAGUUUGCUCAACCUUCCUGGAGACACUGCGGUUUUGCAAGUAUGUCAUUGGGAUGUAUUGGAUUGAUGCGAUUCUGGCUUCAAAACGUUUGCUAGGUUUUGCUGCAGUGGAACGACAGGAAAAAGGACCUCUGUGUCAGGCACCGUCCCUUGAAGUGGAGCACUUGCUCAAGCUCCAUGAGAUCUUAGAGCGAGGUGACAAUGAUGUUGAUCGAAUUGGUGCAGGCGCUUUCUUAUGUGCAAUUUAUGCUCGUGCAAGAUGGAGUGACUUGAGGUUCAUUCACCAUAUAAAAUAUGAUGGAUACAAGCGAAACGCCACACUGGACCUUUACACCUCAGAACACAAGACCAGUUCCGUUGGUUUGCGCAGGGAACAGUUCUUGCCUCUGGUGAUUCCAUCAGAGGGAAUUGUGCAGACAGACUGGAUAGGAGUCUUCAUAGACCUGUGCCACAGACAGGGCUUUGAUUGGACAAAGGUUCCUUAUGGACCACUUCUGCCUGCACCCAAGGGAAACAAUGAUUGGUGUGCGAGGCCUUUGAGUACAAGCGAAGCUGCAGCAUGGUUGCGAAAGUUGCUGGAAGGAUGUCAGAAUGUUGACAAAAUACGUGCGCACAGCAUGAAGGUCACGUUGUGCGUUUGGGCAGCCCGUGCAGGGUUCAGCAAGGAGCAUCGUGCAACACUCAGCCACCAUGCUACUGCACUGCACGGUUCAGACAUUGUCUACUCACGUGAUUUGCAGACAGCAGCAAUUCGGAAACUGCAGAUGCUGCUCAAGAAGGUUCGAAUCGGUCUUGACCCUGGGGCAGCUGAUGAGAGGGUACGUGAGGUUACUGCAAGAUUUGAUGCAGGUUUUGACAGUGUGGUUCGAACGCCGGUGUUUAACCAGCAAGCUCCACAGACACCACUUCCUCCAAGCGAUGCCGUGGAUGCCGCGGGCAAGACGAAUGUGGCGUCUGGCAUUUCAGAAGCUGCAGUGGUGGUGGAACGGGGUUUGAACCAAGGCCAAGAGAGGACUCCCACGAUGAUGACCGAAUGCAAGACUGAGGAUAGCGACGAUAGCUCGGCAGAGUACUUCACCAGUGCAGUGCCCAAGCCUGCUUACACUGAACACGCCAUCAAAGAUGCAGGUGCAAGCAGCCUGUCUCAGUUAGCAUUUGCAGUUGGGCAGCCAGGACAGCCCAUAUCUCCUCAAGAUGUUGAUCAGUUCUUGAGGGGUGCAUUGGGGCGAGACCCCUCACUUGCGGAGAAUGCACAUGUUAGAAGGCUGGCAUUUGAGGCACAGACCUUACUGGUAGCAAGUUUGAGACAGGUGGUUGACAGCAGGGAAGAUUCAGCACCGAAAAAGAUCGGUGCAGCAGAACGAGAAACCAGGAUGACUGCGAUAAGGGCAGAGCUUGGAGGGCUCACUAUUGCAGAUGAAAAUGAGCCAUCACAUGCUUUGUUAGAGAAAGCUUGCCAGAUUCACGAGUCAAACACCUUGAAGUAUCUGGAACCCUCGGCGUGCACUUCAAGAAGCCAGGAGGUACAGGGAAGCUCCAAGACAAAGGAGCUCGUUUUCGAGGGAGGCUCACUUGUGGUGAAGGACAAAGAGGACAAGCUUGUUGCUCCUACUGCCAGUGAAAUUCAAUUUUUACAGGCAAUGACACGGCGUGGAAUCGCCUUCAAGUUUGCUCGCUUGAUGUCGUACGAGCAGCACAGCUCCUGGGUCAGUUUUCUAUUGCAGGCCAUGCAGCGUGAGGCGCCACCAGGAUACAACAAGCCGAGUUUGCAUCAAGUGAUGUUGUGUGACAAGGCGGCCUUCACACGCCUGGGAUCAAGCAUGGGGUCAGUCCGACAAGCAGCUGACCAGUCAUUCCCGUUGGGAAUCAAGUUGCUGGAGUUGAGGAGCGAUCCAAUGAUUGCUUUGCACUUGGCACCCCUGGCCAGAGCCCAAGGAUCCCAGCAGACGACACAGAGAACAGGGCCUUACGCUAUGGGGCCAAAGGCUACAGCACCAGGGAACUUUGACAAGAAGGGAAAAGGAAAAGGAAAAAAGGGCAAAACGCCCCCCGUGCCGGCUGAGAUGCGCAACAAGUGGCACAAGACAUCAAAUGGUGAGCCACUAUGCUUUGGAUACAACACGUCAAAAGGCUGCGACUUGGCCCGUGACGGUGAACGUUGCAGUAAGGGGUGGCACUUGUGUGCUGAGCCACGGUAUGUAGCAAACCAGUGCUACAUGAUCGAAGUUUUCAGUGGAACAGCCACACUCUGUUCAGUCGCCAAGCAAUUUGGCUUGGAUGGAUCACUUGCAUUGGACAAGAUGCGAAAGAAAGGUGCAAAGGCGACAAUUUUUGUCUUCGAUAUCUUGGAUCCCAAGGACCAGGAACUUUUGUAUCACUGGUUGGAAUCAGACCUUGUGGCCUGGGUUCAUAUUGCCCCAGUUUGUGGUACGUGCUCACGAGCACGACAGAUCCGAAAUGGAGGGCCCAGACCGUUAAGGUCAGACACCUAUCCAAUGGGCUUGCCAGAUUUGACCUCCGAAGAGAGGCAACGUGUCGACUUGGCCAACAAGAUGUAUGUCGAGUCCUGCAAGCUGUUUCAACACUGCGAUUCAAGACGAAUCUUGGUGACCAUGGAGAACCCGUCAUCAAGUAUUUUCUGGUUGACGGAUCCAUUUUUGCAGUUGCAACUGGACAUGGAGGUUUUCCACUCAGACUCUCAAAUGUGUAUGAUGGGUGGAUCAAGACCAAAGUGGACAAGACUGGUUGCAAAUUUUGCUUCAAUUUCAGAACUGGAUAUUGCAUGCGAUCGGCAACAUGCACACCAACCUUGGGGUAAAACAAUGGACGCAGCAGGGAACGAAGUGUAUGCUACAAGCCUGGAGGCUGAAUACCCGCGACGGUUCUGCAUAGCCGUCGUGCAGUGCGUCCUACGGCAGCUACAGCGGCAGCAUCUGGAGCUGCCCCCCAAUACUUUGUUUGACAUCAAGGAUGAGAAAAUGUUUGAAAUGCAGACAGCCAGAAUCACUGCCUUGAAUCAAUCCCGGAAGUCGAAGCUUCCUCCUUUAAUGCCUGAUUCUGCAUCAACUGGUGUUUUCUAUGUUUUACGAGCGGCAGACAUUCCAUGUGCACUGCAGGCAAAGCUGAAGCAAUCUGUGGAAGUUUUCACAAAAACAGGCGCUACUGUUUUUGUGCCUGAACAUUCAAGGUUUUUGCGACGUUCAGCAACAACAUCACCUUUUUCUACAACGGGGGGUGUCAAGGUCGGUGAUGAGUGUUUUGAAGUAGCAUUUGGGCUACCCUGGACUUUUGAUACAUUUACGAAGAAGGCGUCUCAGAUGGGGCACCCGGCCAAUUUUUGCAAGCUUGUGCCAAGUGAUAUUCAAUCUGCAAUUGACUUUCAUGUUGAACACUCUCUGGAAGAAGUGGCGCAGUACAGAUUGGAAUGGUGCAAACAAUGGUUAAAACGAGCAGCAGAUCUGGAAGUUGAAGAAAAAGCUGCUGCCAAAAAGCGGCACCCGUCGACGUCAAAGAAACGUCUGCGGCUUACCCGGGAGAUUUUGCAAAGCCUUGGGUAUGAAGACUUGGAAGUACUGGACCUCCUGCAGAAGGGGUCGACUUUGGCGGGAGAAAUUGAACCCUCAGCAGUUUUCCAAUCCGCGUUCAAGCCUUGUGUUGCAACUUUACAACAGCUGGAAGACUGUGCAGCCAAGCGUAAUUUGCUGAUACUGGGGAUGACUAAGAGCUCAGGCUCUGCAGCCAUGGAUGAAGCAGUGCUCAAGGAAACGCAGGAGGAGCUGGCCAAAGGAUGGGCUGACGGGCCUUGGGACCUUCAAAGUUUGGAGGCCGGGGCAACUAUAUCAAGGAGGUUUGCCUUGCAGCAGGGCGAAAAGGUCAGGAUGAUUGAUGACUACUCCAUUUCAGGAGUUAACGAUAGCUGCACCAUAAAUACAAAGUUGGAUCUACAUGUUGUCGACACCUUUGUAGCUGCUGCACGGGCCUACUUUGAGCAGAUGUCAGCGAAUGGAAAGGAUGCCUCCCUUCAGGCAAAGACAUAUGACCUGAAGAGCGCGUACCGGCAGAUUCCCAUACGCUCUGACCACCUGAAAUACGGUUACUUCUGCAUCUACAAUUGUGAGAAAGGUGCGGUGGAAAUAUAUCGCUCAAGGACGCUUCCAUUUGGAGCAACUCAUAGCGUCUACAACUUCCUGCGCCUUGCCCGGAUGAUCCAUUUCAUUGCAGCCAGGGGAGCCAAACUGGUCACUACAAAUUUUUAUGAUGACUUUAUUUUGGCCAGCAAUGGAGCCUUGCGUGAGUCGGCAAAGAACAGCAUGGAACUGAUUUUUCUUUUUACUGGCUGGGAUUUUGCUACGGAGGGAAAGAAAUCGACGACUUUUUCUGAAAUUUGCUGUGCGUUGGGUGUUGCAUUUGAUUUGACAAAAUCAUGCUUGGGGACCUUGGAAAUCAAGAAUACGGAGUCUCGUAUUGCGGAUCUUGUGCAACAACUAAGUGAGGUUGACAAACAGCGCCGUCUCAACAGGCCAGAGACUCUUCGGCUGCGGGGCAGACUGGGCUUCGCAGAUGGAUUCUUACACGGACGCUUGGGCGCACUGGUUCUCAAGCGAUUGGUGGAUCACGCGUAUGGGUCCAAGUCUGAUGUGGAUGACGACCUUGCUGGCGUGCUGAACAUGAUGAAGUCAAGACUUUUGACAGCUGGGCCAAAGACUGUCAGUACGCAGGCUGUCAAGGAGUGGCUUGUUUUUACCGAUGCAGCAUACGACAAAGAGUCCAAAGAUGGAGGGCUUGGAGCAGUUUUGGUUAGCGCAAGUGGAGACUGCGCUGCCUGGUUUUCUUUGAAGCUUGAUACAAGCAUGUGCAAAGUUUUUGGAGCGUGUGACAAAGAGACAAUCAUUUACGAGUUGGAGAUGCUUGCAGCGUGUUUAGCUUUUGAUGUUUGGUCUGGUUUUCUGAGGUCCUCCUAUUCAGUGCACUAUGGAGACAAUGAUAGCGUGCGUUAUGCGCUAAUCAGGGGGACUGGCUUGGGUACUACAGCUGGUACCAUUAUGAGAUUACACUUGCAAACAGAAGUAGACGUGAACAGCUGCCUGUGGUUCGCUCGGGUUCCAACGGAAGCCAACAUUGCAGACGUGCCAUCCCGUGGCGAAACUCACCCUUUCCUGGAGUCGAAGCUUGAUGUUUCAUCUACUGCUGCAAAUUGCUUGGAACGUUUUCUGGUGGAAGUGCAAGAGGAGUGUUUAUCGCUGCACUUGCACCAGAACAACACGAUGAAGCUCUUCGUAGAAGAUCGAAUUGUGAUGUUAGUGCAAAGGCAGUGCAGCCAGUUGCCGGCCCUUUUUUUGCUCGCUGGUGUUUGGCUAGCCACGGUGACACCAGCCUGUCCCUCGCGUUUCUGCAGGGUGUCCUCAGUGGAUGAUGUCCUUGGGCGUAUAGGCUUGAAGGCGGAUGGCGAGAAUACCUUCCAAGGUAUUCCAGGCUCCGUAUCAUCCAGAAGCGGAAGUUUAAAAAAGGUGUCUGCAACUCCGCCCGACAAAGCUGUGGUGCGUCGAUUGCUGCAAGGUUUAGAGGCCAAAAGUGAAAGUGAUGCUUUGCGAUUCUCAUCGAAACAGCGUUGUGCCUUGCAGUCUUUGUCACCAAGCCCCACACCACCAGGUCGUAGAUCGCUGCGUUCGCUGGAAGGGACGAGCUUAUCGACACCUUGGGCCGUGGUGCUUGACCAUUUGGCGGAAGGUCAGCUGACCUUGGAUGAUGCUCACUACGUCUUUCAGCGUUGCUGCGAUGGUGAAGAUCCUCUGCCCUGCAGCUUGCUGCUUGCCUUGGCACAAGCGGCGAAGGAGCUCAUUCGCCGUGAACCGAUGGUCCUUCGACUUGCAGUACCCAGAGAGGGGCGUUUGGUGCUGCUGGGGGACACCCAUGGCCACCUGAAAGAUGUGGUGCACAUUUGGACGGCUGAAGGGACACCCUGCAAAGAGUUGGUAUACAUCUUCAAUGGCGACAUUUGUGACCGAGGCGACUCGGAACGGCGCGGGGGGCAGCGAGCAUUGCAGAUUUGGGCCUCUGUGCUGGCCUACAAAAUCGCCCUACCUUCAUGCAUCUUUGUGACAAGAGGCAAUCAUGAAGAUCGUGACUACUGGCCGCAGUAUGCUGCUCAGGGCUUCAGCGGUGAGAUUGAGGCCAAAUACUCGGAUCGAUCAGAGGUGAACGACUUGUUGGAUGCCUUCGGUGAAUUAUGUGAUCAGCUCCCUCUGGCAGCGGUGGUGGAUGACACCUGUCUGGUGAUGCACGGGGGGCUCCCCAGAUGUUGGGAGAAGGGGGGUCCACUCGAGGACUUGGAAGGUCUGGAACGGCCCUUGCGAAUCCCCGAGAACGUGGAUGGACGGCAGAAACAACUCAUCUACGACGCCACCUGGGCUGAUCCACAGCACGAGAAGGGGCUGGGGCCCAAUGACCGUGGGGGCGACGCGGUGUCCUUCGGGCCGGAUGUGACUCUGGCGGUCCUGCGGAGCUUGAAUUUGCAGCUCUUCGUUCGGUCCCAUGAGCUGCCUGGAAGGAGUGGUGAAGAGUUCAGUGGUCGCGGCUUUGAAUGGUGGCAUUUGGCUGCCGAUGGAAAACACCUUCCAGGUGCUGAGGCUCUGCUUCUGAGUGUCUUCACGGCCAGUGACUACUGCGGCUGCCUUGAGGGGAACUUUGGGGCGCGCAUGGUGUGGAAAGAUGGCCAUGGAUUCAAGCUGGUGGAACACCAGGGUUGGGAGGCAGAGCAAUCCCUGCAGAACUUGACCUUCGACCCGGCGGAUGGGCUCUUGUCCGAAGGCCCUUUGGAACGCAGUGUGAUCGAAGCGGUGGUGGAGCGAAAACACGAGCUGCUGGCGGAGUUCAUCGCAUCGGAUUCCCAGAAGGACUGGUUGCUGCCAGUGGAAGAUUGGGAAAGCUGCUGUCGCAAGGUUUUGCCCCAGAUCCCUUGGAAGGACUUGGCCACGAAGCAAAGCAUUGUACCCCUGCAGAGUGACCAAGUGAACUACAUGCUUUUCCUCACUCGCUAUCAGGUUCGAUUCCGUCAUAGAGAAGGUGUUCAUGUCAGCUUCCAUCGCCGCAUGGCCGCCCAGCUCUUUGCAGGUCUCUUGCGGGCCAACCGCAGCCUGCGUGGGACAUUGGAAAUGCUCGACCCGGACGGCGACGGCCGCGUGAGCGCCCGCGAGUUCGUGCAGGCGCUGCGAAAAGUCGUGGCGAAUGGUGGAGCGGUGCUGCCUUCGCAGGCGCUGGCAUUGUAUCGCACCGCGGCGGAGCAAGGUGGCAACAUCCGCGUGGAAGACUUUCUGGGCACUCUCUCGUUGCACUUCGCUCUCACCCAGCCCCGUGCCACGACGCCCGCGACGGACUUUGUUCCGCAGCUGCUGGAUGACAUUUGUCGUGACAUCCUGGGGGAAUUCAACAGCCCAGCAAUGAGGAUCCGUCAGUUCUUUGAGGAGGCUGAUGUGAACAAGAACGGCUAUUUGGAGCCCCAUGAGUUCACUGCAGCCCUGCGGCAGUUGCCCUCCUGUCGCGCGCGGACGGAGGAGGAGAUGGCGCAGCUCCGGCGAUUUGUGGAUCUCAACGGUGACGAUCGCAUUAACUACCCGGAACUCUUGCGAGCCUUGUACGUUCGAGCGGGGCAUGGCGCCCAAGCCUUGCUGGAGGAUUCCCUUGAAGCGGUUCAUCGGGUCCUGCACUUCGAGUUUGCAAGGCCUUUGCGCAGCCUCUUGCGGAAGCUGUGUCCCGGUCGGCGUUGCAGUCGGUCUGAGUUCAGGCGCGCUCUGGUCUCGCUGAACGACGCCAGCGACGCCAGCUUCCGCUCCACGGGAACGGCGACGUUGAGCGAGGAGCAGCUGAGCUGUUUGGUGGACAGCAUUGAUGUGCAGCUGGGGGAGGGCGAGGAUGAGGCGCAUCUUGAUUUUGAAGAGUUUUUGGACAGCUUCAGCAUUGUGGAUAGCCUCGAAGACCCAGAGCAGCUGCCAGAAGAUGAGGAUGAUCUGUUGAAGAAGAUCUUGGAGGAAGUCUAG